AUCGAGGACAAGAGGAUAGCAUUUCCUCCUGAAUUUUACACAGAAGUCAUAUCACCAUCUGUCUUCUUUUGACCUACUUUUUGAGACCAGUGAGGAUUUCAUCAAAAGGGAAAAUGUACCUGAGGUAAUAAAUCUACUACUGACUUCAUCUUCACAACUGAUUUAAAGUAGCUUAGCAAUGAACAGUAUGUUUUCCAGAAAAGGCUUCCAUCUCCCUUCUCAGCUCCGUCCUGAUUUCCUAUCCCUGGCUCCUGGAAUCACAGCCCAGAGGGAGCUGACACGCACUUGUUCAAGGGAGCACUUUUCAUCAGUCUUCUUAAGAAGGCAGUAAGAUCAGCCUGAAACAUCAACAGAAAGAGGUGCACUUAGAGAAAAGGCAAUAGGGAGUAAGGAAACCUACCUGUAUUCAGUGAUACCAAUCAUACAUAUUUCAAAAGGCCAAGGGAAGGACAAUAAGAGGGGAAAAAAAUAUUUUAAAUAUAAGAAUUUGCUGUUUUUUAAAAUGACUUAAUUCUACAAGCAUCAAUGUAAUCAGCUCCACAGGACAUAAGAGGACAUAAGCUGCUAAAUGCAGCCUUGCAGAUGCAUAAAGAUGAACACCUCCUCAAGGUGCUACCACUGGUCAGUGGCAAAGUGAGAAAAAGAAGUCGGGAGAUUAGAACUAGUCCUGAUUUUCCUUUGUUUUUUCCGGAGCUGUAAUCAGAAUGUGCUAUGCGUGUUUAUCUCCUCUGUCCAUGACAGUAUCUAAGAUUUUUUUUUUUUUUAAGAGAGGAGGGUCUGGGCACAGUACAUAGCCAAAAUUAUUAAAAAUCUUUACAUUGAGGAGGCCAGUUCAGCAAAAGCCCACUGACAUGAGCCGGUGACCUUAGGCAAAUGUCAGUGGAUGCUGGUGAUUCCUUAGUUUCCUAUUUUCUGUGUAUGUCUUGGUCUACCUCUCUUAAAUAGCUCAUGUUUUCUUCACUAACAACAAGCUCAGAGACUGUUUCCCUGAGAGCAUUUCACUGUGUUAGCUUUCCAGUGUCUGACACGCAAGACUCCCCAUGGUGCUUCAGCUCUCCAGCUGGGAAAGCAUCCAUCCUGUCACUGAAGUCCCUGCUGUGAGUCUCCAGACCUCACUUACACCAGUGUGCGGCGGUAUCUGUGUUAGUGCUCUCAGCAAAUUCAAUUCUGAGAGUUGAACUCCCGGAGAAGGGGCAGUAGCAUCUACAAAGGCAGCAAUUCUCGAAGCAAGUCAGUGUCACAGGAGGGAUGGGAUAAACCCGGGGAUCCCCUCCUGGCCCGGGUCAGUUACAGCCAUUAAAGAACGGGCAGCUGUGAUGUGGGAGCGGCAGGUUGUGAGCGGUCCCACAGCUGGUUACAGCGGACCCCAAGUAAUAAAAUAACACGUGAAGAGAAAAGUUCAUAGAGCGGAAUCCCUUUUUCAAUGUACUUUUUUUCCUCUGUGAAAAUCCGCACCUGCACUGCCACUUCCCCCGCGCGGGACCGAGCGGAGCGCAGCGGGCGGAGCUGGAAGGCGGGAGCCGCCCCUCAGCCGGCCGCCAUUUUGGGAAGUGCCGGGACGGGCCUGGAGCGCCCUCUGGCGCCCGUCCGCCCGCAGCCGAGGCACAGUUCGACCGCCGGCGGAGCGUGCUGUCGCUGGCCAUGAAGUCCGUCUUCGUCACCGUGGGCACUACCAGUUUCGACGAACUGAUCGCGGCCGUUUCCUCCCCUGCGGCCGAGGAGGUGCUGCGGAGCCGCGGCUGCCGACAGCUGGUGCUGCAGAUCGGGCGGGGCGCGCUGCAGCCCGCCCCUCAGCACGGCCCGGCCUUCGUGCGGGAAGUGUUCCGCUUCAAGGAGUCGCUGGCUGAGGACCUGCGAAGCGCCGACCUGGUCAUAAGCCACGCAGGUGCAGGUAGCUGUUUGGAGACUCUAGAGGAAGGAAAGCCGCUGCUUGUGGUGAUAAAUGAGAAGCUGAUGGACAAUCAUCAGCUGGAGCUGGCACGUCAGCUCCACAAAGAUGGACACGUCUUCUAUUGUAACUGCAGCACACUUGUGGAGACACUGCAGUCAAUGGACUUGUCAACUUUGAAACCUUUUCCUCCUGGACAACCAGAAAAGUUUGCUUUGUUUUUGGAUAAAGUUGCUGGGUUUGAAUAUUUAAUAACUUGUCUGAGCCAGUCUUGUGUGCCAGUGCUUGCUCAGUCAGGAGACCGGGUGUCUCCGUGGGCCAGCAGUUAUGUGCCUCGCCAAAACCUCGGUAUAGGCGUUUCCCUAACGAGCUCCACCGUGCAACCCCAGCAGGGGGCGGGCGGCAGCAGCGGCCCCCGCACGGAGCCGGGCACGAGAUCCCCGCGCUCGAGGCGGGCCCGACAGCGGGAGCGGCCGCACCUGGGCGCGCUGAGCGUCGACCCUCAUUGGCGGUCGCCGCCGCCCUCCCCAGUGCUAUGCGAGGAGCCUCGGCCCCGCCGCCUUCCCGGCACGAUGCAGAAGGGCUGGAAGAAGUACUUCGGGCAGAAGUCGCUCAGCGAGGUGACUAUGGACGAGUACCUGGGCAGUCUCGGCCUGUACCGCAAGCUGACGGCGAAGGACGCCUCCUGCCUCUUCAGAGCUAUCUCGGAGCAGCUGUUUUUGUGCCAAAUUCAUCACAUGGAGGUGAGGAAAGCUUGCGUCUCGUUUAUGAGGCAAAACCAGCGUAACUUUGAAUCCUAUGUGGAGGGAUCAUUUGAGAAAUACCUUGAACGACUGGGAGAUCCAAAGGAAAGUGCUGGCCAGCUGGAAAUAAGUGCUUUAUCAGUGAUCUACAACCGAGACUUUAUUCUGUACCGGUACCCUGGAAGGCCACCCACUUAUGCUACAGACAAUGGCUUUGAAGACAAGAUACUACUGUGCUGUUCUGGCAAUGGCCAUUAUGACUCUGUGUAUACAAAACAAUUUCAAGCAAAUGCUGCUAUUUGCCAGGCUGUAUUAUAUGAAAUCCUGUACAAAGAUGUGUUCCUCAUGGAUGAGGAAGAAUUAAGGUCUGCAGUUGAGAUGUUUCGAAGUGGUUCCAAGAAGAACAGAAACAGUGGCUGUGUAGAAAGCGAGGAUACAAACUUCGAUUGUCUUCAUGAAAAAGUACCCAGAAAUCCAUCAGGAAAGAGAGGUGAUGACUGGGAAGGCAAUGAUACUGACAAUCCAGUGGAAGAUAAGUUCAGACAAGGCACUGAAGAAGCAAAGACUCCAGAAAAUUCCUCAAAAAUGCCUUUCCCCUACAAAGUGCUGAAGGCUUUGGACCCAGAGAUUUAUCGAAAUGUGGAAUUUGAUGUUUGGCUGGACAGCAGAAAAGAGCUUCAAAAAACUGACUACAUGGUGUUUGCGGGGAGACAGUACUAUUUAGGAGACAAGUGUCAGGUGCGUCUGGAUCCUGGAGGUAAGUAUUACAAUGCUCAUAUCCAGGAAGUUGGGCAGGAUGGCAACACGGUGACUGUUUUCAUUGAGGAGCUGGCAGAAAAGCAUACCGUUCCUUUGGCAAACCUAAAACCAGUGACACAAGUGGCACCUGUCCUUGCUUGGAAUGUGGUUCCCAGCCGAAAAGGAGGAAGCUAUCAGAAAGUAGCAGGUGGAUACUUCUCAGGAAUAGAAAUGGAUGUGAAAACACGGAAGAGAUUGCUUAAGAAAGUUCGUGGAAAGGAGGUCUUUAUGACAAUGGCUUAUAGUAGGGGCCAGCCAGUUCUCCCACCCCGGCUACAGCAUGGUGUUCCCUCAGGGCGCUCUCCUCCAGUUCACUGUUCACAGGGUGGUGGAAACAUGGCACCUUAUGGACCCUAUCAUCCUCAGAAUCCUCCCCAGAGGCAUAGCCGUGGAUUUGGAAUGCCAAGGGGAUCUGCCCGAUUUAUAAACAGGCACAACAUGGUUGGCCCUCAAAUAGCAUUCUACCCCAGUCCAGGAAAGAGAUGCUAUCAGAGCUAUGACAGUUUCUCCUGCAGGUCACGUUCAUACAGCCGUAGCCGCCGUCAGAUGCAGUGUGUGAAUAAGGAAUGUCAGUAUGGGUUUGUACCAGAGAAUGGAGAAGAGCCUCAAGGGUCAGAAGAAACAAUAACUUUCUAUGAAAUUGAAGAAGGGGAUGAAACUUCUUUUCCUGCUUUAGCAGGCCAGGGUAGCCCUACUGCAAUUGUCCACAGUCCAGCAGGUUUUUGGGUAGCUAGAAGAGGCCCCAACUCAGUUCCAGCCAACAAGCAGCCCCUGAAUCCCUCAGAGGAGGAUGUAGGAGAAACAAGUGAAAAUGGGAAAUUUCAUGAAGAAUAUCUGUAUGCACCUCCAGAUCCAGACUGUGAAACAGCAACAGUAUUUAGUUCAGCAGAACCUGCAGCAAACUUGGAAGAAGGGCCAUUGGCUGUGUCACCUCAAGAUGGAGUGGCUUCCUACAGCUAUCCCCAGAAGGUGAUGGUGAACUCUGCAGUAAUCGCUACCUCCGCAGGUGUCAAUGCUGCUCCACCUACAGUCUUCUCCUCAAACUCUGCCUCCACACAAGCCAGUGUUACAACAGCUGUUCCCCCACAAACAGCAAUUCAACCUGUUCUUAUAACUCCCACUUCUGUAGGGAGGCCAGUACCAGUUUCUUCACUGCCAUUCCCAAUUUAUUCAGCUCCUCUUCCUCCAGCCAAUGAGAUGGGAGAAGCUGGUGCCAUUCCUCCACCUUACUCUUGCGAUCCCAGUGGCAAUGAUCUGCCUAGAGAUACAAAGGUCUUGCAGUAUUAUUUUAAUCUGGGAUUGCAAUACUAUCACCAGAGUUACUGGCAUUCCAUGGUCUAUGUACAGCCAGUGCCACCAGCAUCAUCUGUGGAGGCUUAUCCAGCAUAUGCUGAGCCAGCUCAUGUCCUGGAUCAGUCAGUACCUCAGCUCUAUGAUGCUGGGCGAGCUGAGGUCCAUCAGGUUCCCCUCGAUGCGCCUACAAAUGGUAACUUCCAAAACACAGAGCCUCCAGCCCUGUCCCAUGGCAUGGUGUAUUACCCAGUGGUGGCAGACCCCUACAACCAGCCAUCUGCUCCAGGGUUUGACUCUUGCAUCUCUCUAGUACCUGCCUAUCACUGUAUUGGCUCGUGGCAUUCAUUAAAUCCCCCAUAUGGAAAUUCUCCACGAGUUCCUAACGCUGUAAGUUCUGGACAGCUGCACCAAGUCAGCUAUGUUGCCUCUCCUAACCCUGCAACGCAUUAUGUGCAUCAAGGAAUGUAAGUCCAGGAGGGUGUGAGCUCAUUUCUUGCACUUAGUUUUUCUCAUGUCUUUUUCCAUGAACUUACAUUGUUUUGUAAGUCUUUGUCUCAGUGGGCUGGGGUGACUGAUUAAAUUGUGUUCGAUUCCACGUUUCUUUCCAGGUUUAUGCUAAUGAUAAUCAGCUUGACAGGAUGAAGUUUUGGUAGUUCAUCUAAGGCAGCAUAGGAGAGGCGUAUAUGUAAACUGUAGCACAGGGGAACACAAUGUGUGUGUUAGACUACAUAAAAAAAUGUGUAAAAACAUACUGUCACUAAGGGAAAAUUGCAUUACGUACCGUGUGAGUGGGUACACUGUAACACUUGAACACGUGGUUCUUGUACAAGCACAGCUGCCGUUACAACCACAGCAAAAAAUUGGGUGCAGAGUUUGUUAGAGGACAGAAUUGCUGGAAAUAAGUUGGUGUUCUCAGAUUUCACAAAACAAAACUUUGUUUGCCGUUGGUGAUCACAUAUUUAUAAUAUGUGAUUUUGUUCUGUGUUGGCUUCAUGUCUCUUAAAAAUGUAAGAUACUGCUUCAACCUGUUCUACUGUAUAUCAGUGUGUUUGUAAGAUACGUUUUGUGAAAGCUGUUGCACGAGUGGUGGUAGUUCUGGUGUCUGAUUUGCACUGAUAGCGCAAAAUAAAAGCAUCUAACCUGUGGAAA